GUGGAGUCGGUGCUCGAUUCUCCUCCGCUACGGGUUUGAGCGGGGGAGAGAAGCAAGAUGGCGGACAAGACGCCAGGCGGUUCGCAGAAGGCCAGUGGGAAGGCCAGAGUUACAGAUACAACACGGUCCACUGGAUCUCCAGAGCCUCCGCCACUCUUAGAAAACAAACUCAAGGCAUUCAGUAUUGGCAAAAUGAGCACUGCCAAGAGAACAUUAAGCAAAAAGGAACAGGAGGAAUUGAAAAAGAAGGAGGAUGAAAAGGCAGCUGCAGAAAUAUAUGAAGAAUUCCUUGCUGCAUUUGAAGGAAGUGAUGGCAAUAAAGUAAAAACAUUUGUUAGAGGAGGUAUUGUUAAUGCCUCUAAAGAACAUGACACAGAUGAAAAACGAGGAAAAAUCUACAAGCCUUCAUCACGAUUUGCAGAUCAAAAAAAUCAGCAGACUCAGUCAUCUUCUAAUGAGAGACCGCCAUCUCUUCUAGUGAUAGAAACCAAAAAACCAACGCGGCAGGACACGAAGGGCUGCCUUGGCGCCACCAGCUGCCGCAAAUAUACCGCAGCGAAGGGAGAUGCAAAUCCUUUGAAGAAGGGGGAAAAAGAAAAGAAAAAGAGCAAUUUGGAGCUUUUUAAAGAAGAACUAAAACAAAUUCAAGAAGAGCGUGAUGAAAGACAUAAAACUAAAGGUAGAUUAAGUCGUUUUGAGCCACCUCAGUCAGAUUCAGAUGGACAACGCCGUUCCAUGGAUGCACCUUCAAGAAGAAAUAGAUCUUCAGUACUGGAUGAUUAUGCUCCAGGUUCACAUGAUGUUGGAGAUCCAAGUACAACAAAUUUGUAUCUUGGAAACAUUAAUCCCCAGAUGAAUGAAGAGAUGUUAUGCCAAGAAUUUGGACGUUUUGGGCCUUUGGCAAGUGUGAAAAUUAUGUGGCCAAGGACUGAUGAAGAAAGAGCAAGAGAAAGGAAUUGUGGAUUUGUUGCCUUCAUGAAUAGGAGAGAUGCUGAACGUGCACUAAAGAAUUUAAAUGGCAAGAUGAUCAUGUCUUUUGAAAUGAAAUUAGGCUGGGGCAAAGCUGUUCCUAUUCCUCCUCAUCCUAUAUAUAUUCCUCCUUCAAUGAUGGAACAUACCCUUCCACCACCUCCUUCGGGCCUGCCAUUUAAUGCUCAGCCCAGAGAGAGACUGAAGAAUCCUAAUGCUCCAAUGUUACCACCACCUAAAAACAAAGAAGAUUUUGAGAAGACUCUGUCGCAAGCCAUAGUCAAAGUGGUUAUCCCAACAGAAAGGAACUUGCUUGCAUUAAUACAUCGAAUGAUAGAAUUUGUGGUACGUGAAGGACCUAUGUUUGAAGCCAUGAUCAUGAAUAGAGAAAUCAAUAAUCCAAUGUUCAGAUUUUUAUUUGAGAAUCAGACUCCAGCCCAUGUAUACUACAGAUGGAAGCUUUAUUCAAUUCUACAGGGUGAUGCUCCAACCAAAUGGAGGACUGAAGACUUUCGCAUGUUUAAAAAUGGUUCCUUUUGGAGGCCACCCCCUUUAAAUCCAUAUCUUCAUGGGAUGUCUGAAGAACAGGAACCUGAAGCAUUUGUGGAAGAGCCAAGCAAGAAGGGUGCACUUAAGGAGGAACAGAGGGACAAAUUAGAGGAAAUCCUGCGUGGGUUAACACCGCGUAAGAAUGAUAUUGGAGAUGCAAUGGUUUUCUGUCUUAAUAAUGCUGAGGCUGCUGAAGAAAUAGUGGACUGUAUUGCAGAGUCAUUGUCCAUCUUGAAAACGCCACUCCCUAAAAAGAUUGCAAGAUUAUAUUUGGUUUCUGAUGUGUUAUACAAUUCUUCUGCAAAAGUUGCCAAUGCUUCAUAUUACAGAAAAUUUUUUGAGACAAAACUAUGUCAGAUAUAUUCUGAUCUGAAUGCUACCUACCGAACAAUACAAGGCCAUUUACAGUCUGAAAACUUUAAGCAACGGGUAAUGACAUGCUUCAGAGCAUGGGAAGACUGGGCGAUUUAUCCAGAACCAUUUUUGAUCAAACUACAGAAUAUUUUCUUGGGGCUUGUAAAUAUUAUUGAAGAAAAAGAAACAGAGGAAGUACCUGAUGAUCUUGAUGGAGCUCCCAUUGAAGAAGAACUUGAUGGUGCUCCACUAGAAGAUGUGGACGGAAUUCCUAUUGAUGUCACUCCAAUCGAUGAUCUUGACGGAAUCCCUAUUAAAUCAAUUGAUGAUGAUCUUGAUGGAGUACCUUUGGAUGGAUCUGAAGAAUCUAAAAAAAAUGAGCCAAUAUUUAAAGUUGCCCCUUCAAAAUGGGAAGCAGUUGACGAGUCUGCGCUUGAAGCUCAAGCGGUAACAACAUCUAAAUGGGAGCUGUUUGACCAGCAUGAGGAAUCAGAGGAAGAAGAAAAUCAGAACCAAGAAGAAGAAAGUGAAGAUGAGGAGGAUACUCAAAGUUCUAAAUCUGAGGAGCACCACCUUUACUCCAAUCCUAUUAGAGAAGAAAUACCUGAUUCAAAGUCAUCAAGCAAAUUCUCAGAAAUGAGUGAGGAAAAGCGUGCCAAACUCAGAGAAAUUGAGUUGAAAGUAAUGAAGUUUCAAGAUGAAUUAGAAUCUGGAAAAAGACCGAAGAAACAAGGCCAGAGUCUUCAGGAACAAGUUGAACAUUACCGUGACAAAUUGCUCCAGAGAGAAAAAGAAAAGGAACUGGAAAGGGAAAGGGAAAGAGAUAAGAAGGAUAAAGAGAAAUCUGAUUCAAGAUCCAAAGAGAAGAAGGAAAAGGAAGAAUGUACACCAACAAGGAAAGAAAGGAAAAGACGACAUAGCACAUCACCAAGCCCAUCGCGCAGCAGUGGAAGCAGGCGGGCAAAAUCUCCAUCACCGAAAUCUGAACGAUCUGAAAGGUCUGAAAGAUCUCAUAAAGAAAGCUCACGUUCUAGAUCUUCCCAUAAAGAUUCUCCCAGAGAUGUCAGUAAAAAAGCCAAGAGGUCACCAUCUGGUUCAAGGACACCAAAAAGAUCAAGAAGAUCACGAUCCAGAUCACCUAAAAAGUCAGGGAAAAAAUCCAGAUCUCAAUCUCGUUCUCCACACAGAUCUCACAAGAAGUCAAAGAAGAGUAAACACUGACAAACUGUUAAUUUUUAUGAUGCUGUCACUUACUGGAAAUGCGGUUUUGUUUUUGUGCCUGAACAGUCUGUUAAACAAACAAAUGAAAAAAGCAUUCCUUUUUUUGUGUGUGAAUGCACGUGUAUAUUCAUGAGUAACUGCAUUGGUAGACCUGUCAAUGUUUUAUAUUGUACAAAACCUUCAUUGUGGCUAUUUCCCAGAAUGAGAUUUUGUGUUUAGAAACUUCAUCUGAAAUGUGUGUAACAGAUCUGCUGGCAGUAGUGAUACUUUGUUUUAGAAUAUUGUGAGUUAGGAGAAACCCCCAUAAUUGUUUCCCUCGUCUUUUUUUUUUUUUUUUUUUUUUUUGUAGCUUUGACAUUUUGAAUUAGAUUUGAAAUAAAAUCCGAAAAGGAAAUGUAAAAAAAAAAGUGUUUCCUUGUUCCACUCCAUUGAUUCCCCUUCCCUUUAACUUCCUAACACACAGGGCUACCAAUGCAAAGCUCUUAAAACAGACUUUUCCCAUCUGUUCAUCAAGUUAGAUUGCUCUUCAAUUAUGUUGGGAUCUGCCAUAGAAACAUUGUUACGCAGCAGUGAAUCUGAAGAGAUGAAGACUGCAUAACUUUUCAGUACAGAUUAUCUCGUGAAAUGCUUGUUCUGGCAACUACAGUGAAGGUUGGCUUUUGCUUCGUCCAUACUUCCAAAACCAUAUGAUUGUUUGGGGAAGAGGGAUUAUCACUGUUGCAACUCCUUCCUAUUUGUGUGUUGCUAUAGAUGUUUGAGCAACAAAACACACAAUAAAAAGGGAAAGUAGGUUGUGGUCUGAAGAUCUAUUUCCAAGCUUUCCUUCUUUUCAUUGAUUCUUUAAAUUGUUGAGCCAUUUAUCACACCACAUCCAUGAUUAGAAUAGAUUUUAAAUCUCAAUUUUUAAAUUUAAAUUGGGGAAAUUUUUAAUAAACACUUCUGGCUUUUCGGUUGUACAAACUCUUCAUGCAUGCAUUUCUCCCCUGCAUCUAAGAUGUAAAGAAGUUUUUAUUUGAACAGUUGUGUCUUUUUUCAUAGGAAUAUUAUUGGAUAUAUUGUUCUUCAUAGUACAUGAAGAGCUCUGUUGACAUCUAGAUGAAAUAGUGUUAAGACCUCAGUAUUAAGUGUAUGGGUUUCUUUUCAUGAAAGCUAUGAUAAGAAAACAGAAUAUAUUUCCUAUCCCAACAAAUAUCUCAAAAUCAACAUAAGAGAAACACAUAAAAUGAAUUGUCUUUAUAAAAUCAGUUUUAUUUUGGAGGAUGACCUUGUAAAUGCAUUUUUGUACUGAAUUCAUUCUUUGGAUGUGCAGAUUGUUGAAAGAGUAGCAGAAUUCAGAUUUUUUAACUUGUGUCUUUUUCUAAUAUAAUUGUACUACUUCCCCCUAUUGUGAUCCUUUAGUUUUGGAUGUUCUUUUGUUUUAAUCUGUUUUGAAUUUUUGGCAUAGCAUAUCCUUUAAGUCAUUUAAUUUUUUCCAUAAAUAAAAACUACAAAGGUU